CCCUCCAUUUAUAUUUCACCCUUCACCAUGGCCUCCUGUUAUGACCCAGGACAUAGAAUAAUCAGGACAAAACCCUCUAAUCUAGAUAAUUGGGGGUGGGGGUCUAUCUUGGCCUGUAUGUGCUCAGAAUUAGAGGGUUAAAACAUUCUGUUGGUUCUCGGAUAAAGGAUUAAGGUGGAUAUUUAUUAAAACCUGUGCAGAAGAGAAGACCUCUGAAAAAUAAAAAGGAUCGAUCUGAUUGGUUUCUAUGGAAACUGCUCCACUUUUCUUCUGCAAAGGUUUUAAUAAAUCUGCCCCUAUGUCCCAAUGUGCUAGGUCCCUCAUUGCGUUACUUGUAGAUUAGAGGUUAUAAGAUUAGGGCUAGGAUGUUCUAGGUUAGAGCAUCCUGUGUUAUUUACUUGAUUAUAAGGGGGGUGGGUUCUGCCUCGGUCGUUGUGUGCUUUGGAUUAGAGGACCAGGACAUUGUGUUGGUUGUAGAAUAGAGAUUAUUGUUUUAUGUCCUGGAUGGUCUAUGAUUGAUGAAUUUGUCCUACAUUAUAUGAAGUUAUUGUGUGCUUUGGAUAAGAAUGUCAGGACAUUGUAUUGGUUAUAGAUUUGAGGAUUGUUUUCUGAAUGGUCUAAGAUUGACAGCUGUCUUCUACAUGAUAUGGAGAGUUACAUUUGUUCAUUGCAUGCUUUGGAUUAGAGGGUCAGGAAAUUGUGUUGGUUCUAGAUUAGAGGAUUGUUGUCUGGAUGGUUUAGGAUCAAUGAAUGUCUUCUACAUGAUAUGGAGAAUUUCACAUGGUCAUUGCAUGCUCUGGAUUAGAGGGUCAGGACAUUGUGUUGGUUCUAGAUUAAAGGAUUAUUUUCUGGAUGGUCUAGGAUUGAUGAAUGUAUUCUACAUGACAUGGAGGGUUCCAAGUGGUCUUUGUGUGCUCUGGAUUAGAUUAGAGUUAAAUGUUUUCCCUAUAAGAAUAUUGUGUCCUGAGUUCUUGGAAAUCCAGCCGUUUUGUAGAAGAAUUGGGGCAAUUUCCUACCACAAGUUUCUGCUUCCCCAAAACUUUUCCCGUUGUUCGCCUGCAGGAAGUGGCAUCCGACGCGCUGCGGACCACAUCCUGCUGACCGACACUUUCACAUCUCCUAUUUCAUUAAGACUUCUCCAUAGAAUUGGUUCCAUCUGCCGCACAUCUACGUUACAAUCAACAUGGCCUCUUCCUGUGAUAUCCAGGCUGUGUUCACACAUCGUGGCCACGACAGAGUGCUGCAACUUACCACAGUUCUUAAGGAAUCACAGCAAAAUCUCUGAUAUAACCGCAACAUUGGACUUUGGUUUCAUCUAUUGGGGCCACCUUCCUGUGACCCCAAUAGAUGAAGGCCUAUUAUGAGGCCAUAACUGGAAGGUCUGAAUGUAGCUGAAACCUGGAAAACAACUCUGAUCACAUGACCCACUACCGCAACAAUGCACCCAGCAACCACUGAUGUCACUGUAGAUGCAGAAAAUAGCUAAUAGAAGAGAACAAUAGAUUGUAUUUGUCAUAUACAAAGCCUCAAAUAUCUAUCCAUGUUGCAUUGUGAUUGUUUGUCAUUACUUGUGAUAUAUGUCCUGUAUAAUGUCCAUCUGUAUGUACAACUUAUAAUUCCAUUACCCUUAUCUAUGUAAGUUUAGCAUCCCAAAAGAAUCCAUCCCUUUGAUCAAAAUACCAGGAGAUGACAGUCUGAGCUAUUGCAUACAGCAGACACUGUUUGCCUACAUGGUAAAUGUGACACCUUCACCAGCCGAACAGUCUCCAGGAUCUGGUGUCAAUAGAGGAGAGAGGGCCAGUCUGGGCAUCGUGCAGAGUUGGGGUUUUCAUCUGCUUGGAAUGUUCCGGGGUUCACAGGAUCUCGAGUAUUGACAAAGUGAAAUCUACACAACUUGACUACAUGGACCAUGACCUAAUAGAGUUCAUGCGGCAUCAUGGAAAUCAGAGAGCCAGAGAAGAAUAUGAAUCCUUUGUGCCUCCAUUUUAUUACAGACCCAACGAGAAGGACUGCAAAGUUUUACGGGAACAAUGGAUCAGAGCAAAGUACGAGCGGCGCGAGUUCACAUCUAAUAGGAAGUCAGUGUAUGCAGUCAGCUUUAAGGAAGGCUUCCUGUGGAAGAAGGGGCGUGACAACGAGCAGUACCAGAAGAGACUGUUCAUACUGAGCGAGAGCGAGGGGCUGCUUAAGUACUACACUAAGAGCAAGGGUUCUGAACCCAAGGGGACAUUACCGAUCAGGAGCCUGAACGCCAUGUUCCAGUGCGAGAAGAUGAGACACGAUCACGGGCUAGAGAUCACGUGUGUGCAGGAAGGACGCACCAGGAGCAUAUACGUGUACCACAAGGACGGUGCGGAAAUAGUCACCUGGUACAACAUUCUCCGUUCAGCGCGGUACAACUACCUGAGGAAGACUUAUCCGAGCACUCCAGAGGCAGAGUUGAUACGGAAGAUUACCCGCAGCUACACCAAAUGUGGCUACAUGGAGAAGACUGGACCCACCCUGAGAGAAGCCUUCAGGAAGCGAUGGUUCAACCUGGACUCUGAGGAGCGGAAGCUUUUAUAUUACAAGAAACCUCUUGACCCCUGUGAACAGGGAGGAAUCUUCAUUGGGAGCAGUGAGGCCGGGUACCAGGUAGCGGAGGGAUUGCCAACAGGAGUGAAAGGGAAUAAGUGGGACAUAGGAAUCACCAUAAGGACCCCCCAGAGGGAGUUCAUCUUCACCUGCGAGAACCUCAAGGAGCAGAAAGAGUGGCUGCAGGUGCUGCAAGAGGUCAUCUCCAGACCCAUGAGUGACCAAGACACUGCAGAGGAGGCUGGAUUCCGGAGGUCCCCCUGAUCUGAGUGACACGUCUCUAAACCUGCGCUACAUCACUGCGAAACAAAGGCGAAGGGAGAAAGCGCGGUCAUCAGCUGAAACAGAGGGUUCUGUCCAUGUGAUGGACAGAGACGACAAGAAGACACUAGAGACUGAUGCCAGUGCGCAAAACUACAGCAAUAAACUAACAGACAAUAACCACCAUCAUCUUCUUAAUGUGAGAAGGGCCAUGCUGCUAUACUGCCAGCCAGGCAUCGGCCCUGAUGGUGGUGAACUACUAGCAGCAUAUCCUAUCAGCGUCUUCUUAUCAUCCCCCACAAUUAUAGGGAGUUAGAAACAACAUGGAGGUCAUGUGAUGAUAUGGGCUCCGCCCCCUUAUCAGUAGUGUGAUAUGAAGCAGUGAACUUGCGAACUUUAGGUGGCGUUACAAACAGGAAAAAAACCUGAUGAAUCAGGAAGCGGAGGCGACCACCGACGGCUCAAGAUGGGGACUUAUGGCCAUUUACCAUCCGGCAGAAGAAUAACAACAAUGUCUAUGUGUUCUCCAUCAUACACCCGGCAGAUAUCGACCCUUUAGGGGGGAGGGGUGACACAUAGUCAUCGGAUCCUGAGCCAUCCAUGCCCUAUACAGUACAAAGGGCCAAUGAUUACUACUGAUCACCCAACACAAUCAGAGACAUGGCGUCCAAUAUAAAUAUAUAUGAACAGA